AUGAUCACUUAUAGGCCACAGGCCUUAUGUGCCUUGGCUAUUUGUUUCAUGUCUGCGGUUUUAGCAGCGGCUGAUGGAGACUAUUAUGCAUCUCCACCCCCUUCACCUUAUAUCUAUAAAUCUCCGCCACCACCAUCAUACAUCUAUAAGUCACCUCCAUCGCCUUCUUAUGUUUACUCGUCACCUCCACCGCCGCCUUAUAUUUAUAAAUCUCCUCCACCACCACCUUAUCUAUACUCAUCUCCACCUCCACCACCUUAUAUUUACAAGUCUCCUCCGCCUCCAACCUAUGUGUAUAAAUCUCCCCAGCCACCUCCUUAUGUGUAUAAGUCACCACCUCCGCCUCCUUACAUUUACAAAUCACACCCGCCGCAUCCUUACGUGUACUCAUCUCCUCCUCCCCCUCCAUACAUCUACAAGUCACCUCCACCACCGCCUUAUGUUUAUAAAUCUCCUCCCCCACGACCUUAUGUUUACAAGUCCCCUUCACCGCCGCCUUAUAUUUAUUCUUCACCACCACCACCAUAUGUCUAUAAAUCUCCUCCUCCACCUCCCUAUGUUUACUCUUCCCCUCCACCACCUCCUUAUAUUUACAAGUCUCCUCCUCCACCACCCUAUGUUUACUCUUCUCCUCCACCACCGCCUUACAUUUACAAGUCUCCACCACCACCUCCAUAUGUGUACUCUUCUCCACCACCACCUCCCUAUCUUUACAAGUCUCCACCACCACCACCAUACGUUUACAAAUCUCCUCCUCCACCACCAUACAUCUAUUCUUCCCCUCCACCACCUCCUUAUGUUUACAAAUCUCCUCCACCACCACCAUAUGUUUAUAAGUCACCUCCUCCACCUUCUUAUAUUUAUAAAUCUCCUCCACCACCACCAUAUGUUUAUAAGUCUCCUCCUCUACCACCCUAUAUUUAUCAGUCACCUCCUCCACCUCAUUAUGUUUACAAAUCUUCUCCACCACCACCAUAUGUUUAUAAGUCUCCUCCUCCAUAUCCCUAUAUUUAUAAGUCACCUCCUCCACCUCCUUAUGUUUAUAAGUCUCCACCACCACCUCCUUACAUUUAUAAGUCUCCUCCUCCUGCAUAUGUUUACUCUUCUCCUCCACCACCACCAUAUGUUUAUAAGUCUCCUCAUUCCCAUUCCUAUGUUUAUUCAUCUCCACCACCAUCUCCUUACAUUUAUAAGUCUCCUCCUCCACCCCCUUAUGUUUAUUCAUCUCCACCACCACCACCUUAUGUAUACAAGUCCCCUCCACGACCUUCUUACAUUUAUAAGUCACCACCACCACCAUACAUUUACAAGUCUCCUCCCCCACCUCCAUACGUCUAUUCUUCUCCUCCACCACCUCCCUAUGUUUACUCAUCUCCACCACCACCUCCUUACGUUUACAAAUCUCCUCCUCCACCUCCUUACGUGUAUUCUUCCCCUCCACCACCUCCUUAUAUUUCCAAGUCUCCUCCACCACCUCCCUAUAUUUACUCAUCUCCACCGCCACCUCCCUAUGUUUACAAAUCUCCACCUCCACCACCCUAUAUUUACAAGUCUCCACCACCACCACCACCUUAUGUAUACAAAUCCCCUCCAUCACCUCCUUACAUUUAUAAGUUACCACCACCACCAUACAUUUACAAGUCUCCUCCCCCACCUCCAUACGUCUAUUCUUCUCCUCCACCACCUCCCUAUAUUUACUCAUCUCCACCACCACCUCCUUACGUUUAUAAAUCUCCUCCUCCACCUCUUUACGUGUAUUCUUCCCCUCCACCACCUCCUUAUAUUUACAAGUCUCCUCCACCACCUCCCUAUAUUUACUCAUCUCCACCGCCACCUCCCUAUGUUUACAAGUCUCCACCUCCACCACCCUAUAUUUACAAGUCUCCACCACCACCUCCUUAUGUUUACAAGUCUCCUCCACCACCUCCAUACGUUUACUCAUCUCCACCACCUCCUCCCUACAUUUACAAGUCUCCAACACCACCGCCUUACGUAUAUAAGUCUCCUCCACCACCGCCUUACAUUUACAAGUCUCCACCACCCCCUCCCUACGUCUAUUCUUCACCUCCACCACCACCUUAUGUUUAUAAGUCUCCACCUCCACCUCCUUACAUUUACAAGUCUCCACCACCACCUCCUUAUGUUUACAAGUCUCCUCCACCACCACCUCCUUAUGUUUACAAGUCCCCUCCACCACCUCCUAUUGUAUAUUAA